GUGAAGAGUUCAACCAAUCCCUUACUUAUAGAGUUCCCUAGUUACAGCACCUAUCUAAGCUAUAAAGAUGUCUCGAGCUCUCGAGCUGCCUGGUCAUCCGUGACCAUGAUAAAGUAUCCGCGUGGCUACGAUGAGCUUGGCAUGUUGCACGACUGAGCUGUGUAUUUAAAUAUUCAUCAUAUAAAUACAUACAUUUCCCACUUCCAAGUUUCUCGUCAGUUCAUAUUUGGUGUUCGUAUUUGGUGUUCAUAUUUGGACCAACGAAGCUCAUACAUACCUACCUACAUAGAUCACCAUCCGCGCACGGACAUUAGCUGAGAUUCGAUAGCGCCGCCUAUCAUGGCAUCCUCUUUCUUAGCCAAUUAUUCUACAACUCGCUUACGUCUUAAUGUCCCUUCUUUCUGUCUUAUCGCAUCCCUCGCAAUGUCAAAAUUGGCAAAUACGUUACCGAUAUUCAACAAAACCAUCCCGGACUACACUACCUCGGAAGCGGGCAACCCUUUCGUGGAUGGCUGGUACGCUGACCCCGAUACUGAGAUAUAUGAGGGUCUCUAUUGGGUAUAUCCAACAGCUUCAUAUUCAUAUGAAAAACAGACAUAUCUCGAUGCAUUCUCUAGCCCGGAUUUAGUUCAUUGGACAAAACAUCCUAAUAUCUUAACAACUGACGAUGUGACCUGGGCCAACAAUGCCGUGUGGGCUCCGGCGCCAAUCUUCCGUAACGGAAAAUACUAUCUAUACUUCGGUGCUAACGACAUCCAAGAGGACGGACCUGCUAAGGGGGAGAUUGGGGGGAUUGGAGUCGCCGUCUCGGACAACCCACAGGGCCCGUAUGUUGAUGCGAUUGGAGCACCGUUAAUCGGAGACUACCACAACGGCGCACAACCAAUCGACCAAGACGUCUUUAUAGACGACGUCGAUGGACAAGCCUAUAUAUACUACGGGGGACAUUCGCACGCCAACGUAGCCAAGCUUAACGAAGACAUGAUUUCUAUCGGGACUUUCGACGAUGGAACACAGUUCAAGGAAAUCACCCCUGAGAACUAUGUCGAGGGUUCUCAAAUGAUCAAGCGCAACGGCAUUUACUACUUCAUGUGGUCCGAAGGCGUCUGGACAGGCCCAGACUACUCUGUUUCGUAUGCCAUGUCUAACACGCCCUUGGGCCCCUUCAACCGGCUCGCAAAAAUCCUACAGCAGGAUAGCGCAGUGGCCAAGGGUAGCGGGCAUCAUGGUGUUAUCCACAUUCCAGAUACCGAUAUAUGGUAUAUCGUGUACCACCGCCGUCCGCUGAGCGAGACGGAUGGUAACCAUCGUGUUCUUGCAUACGACCGCAUGUAUUUCAACGACGACGGAACGAUCGCGCCGGUCAAAAUGCUCGUCAAAGAUAACUUCGCCGACGGGGAAAUGUACAGUUGGAAGACAUACGGUGGGGAGUGGGGAGUGGUAGACCAACGACUCACCGUCGCCGAAACAGCUGAAGCCAAAGCCCUGCUGGACACUGACUUCACCGAUCUGGUGUUCGACGCAACUGUCGCGGUUCAAUACGGAGAUGGAGACGCCGGGCUCGUGUUCCGGGCUACCGAUGUCUCUACUACCUCCGAUCAGUUCAAGGGAUACUACGCGGGCAUCUCGUCGGCUAGCAGAGUCACUCUCGAGAAAGCGGAUAGCGGAACAUGGACGUCGCUGGGUGAAAGCGAUACCAAGGUCUCCCUUGCGACCGAAUACCACAUCAGAGUUACGGCCGUCGGUGGAGAUAUCAAAGUGUUCGUGGAUGACUUUACACAGCCCUUGAUCAGUAUUACGGAUACGUCGUUUGCCAAUGGCGCCACCGGCGUGAGAGCCCACAAUGUCGCUGCUAAGAUCGGUAGUGUUUCUGUUCAGCGGCCUUAGGGUGUUGGGAGCUGCUCAGCUGCGUUAGGUACCUUUUAUGGUAGAAACUUUUAGAUAUAUUUUAUAGUUAUAUGUAAUUUGGAUUCUCUAGAUACUUAAUAACCGUAUUUUCAUCUCCA